AUGACAACAAUGCUACCGACAACACCCGUAGCCACCACGUCACCGAGACCAACAACUUCAACAACCACGACAAUUUCAACAACCACGAGAAUUAUCACCACAACAACGACAACCAUGACAGCAACGACAACUUCAACAACCAUGAGAAUUAUCACCACAACAACGACAACCAUGACAGCAACGACAACUUCAACAACCAUGAGAAUUAUCACAACAACAACAAUAACCUACGUGCCUAGCAGUAAGUAACAAGACUCUUGGGUGAUAAUUCACUUCAUGACUGUGUAGAGAAUCGAUAUCACAGAGUUUAAACGACACGAU